AAAAAAAAAAAAAACAUUAAAAAAAGAGAAAUGCAAAUGGGUUGACCCGAACGAUCAGCGUGUUCCUUCUCGCCACGAGAAAGUAAAAAAAAAAAAAACAAACACGCUUCGUCACGUUUGUUCCUUUUCUUUAUUAUUUUUUUUUCCCCCCCCGCUGCGUUCUUUCUGUUUUAUCUUCUCCCAUUUCCACGUGAACCAAAGGAGCUGCUCACCGAGGGCAUUCGAUAAAGGCCGCUUUUUUUUUUCUUUUCCUUUUUUCAUUCCGAAGGGGGAAAAGCGAAAGAGUAGCAUCUCUCGUCCAAGUGAGCAGAGCAGUGAUCACCAGGCUGCGGAUCCGCGCACAGAGGAAAGGAAGCAACGAAGUACCCUCCACCUCAAUCGGUCAGCGGCAACGACAGCAGUACCCCAGUUGGGAGCUUUUCCUCUCUUGCUCUGAAGGAAGGGCACAAAAAGCAAAGCAGUUAAGCGGCUAACCAGAUAACCAGCCAACCGCUAACCCGCUGACCCUCCGAAACCCCCCCCUUAAGAGGCACCCUUCGACGAGGCACCCAAAAUGGAAAAGAAGGAGGAUAACGUCAUGCGGGAGAUUAAGGUCAACAAGUUGGUCCUCAACAUUUGCGUCGGCGAGUCAGGUGACAGGCUCACCAGAGCAGCCAGAGUGCUCGAGCAACUAACGGAGCAGAAGCCCAUCUUCGGAAAAUGCAGAUUCACCAUCAGAUCCUUUGGAGUCAGGAGGAACGAAAAGAUUUCUUGCUUCGUAACCGUCAGAGGCAAGAAGGCGUUGGAAAUUUUGGAGAAGGGACUCAAGGUGAAGGAGUACGAAUUGAGGAGGAAAAAUUUUUCUGAGACUGGGAAUUUUGGUUUUGGUAUUCAGGAACACAUAGACCUGGGCAUUAAGUAUGACCCCUCCACUGGUAUCUACGGAAUGGAUUUCUACGUGCAUCUGUCGAGACCCGGCUACCGAGUCACCCGCAGAAGGAGAAAGCGAUCCACCAUCUCCAAGACGCACAAGGUGACCAAGGACGAGGCGAUGAAGUGGUUCCAGACCAAGUUCGACGGCAUUCUGCUCAAGUGAGCGGACGAAGCGUAGCCGAGCGAAGCGCGCGUCAUGCUCCGUGUGUUUAUACCCCAUGUGUGCAGGCCCCACGUGUGCGUACCCCAUGUGUGUUUACCCCAUGUGCUGCGCGGAGUGAGGCCCUUUAUUCCCUUUUUUUUCCCCUUCCUUUCCUUUUUCCUCCCCGCGACCGAACCGAAAGCGUGGACACCCACUCCGCGCAAAGAAAAAAAAGAACCAGCCGUGGUCCAAAAAGGAACUUUCUCCCUCCCCAUUUUAAACGAAGCGUCUAUCGCAUUAAAGAGG